AUGUUGCGGUACAGGAAACCGUUGAAGCCAGCUUUGAGUCUGGUAAGGUCCUUCAAGACCUCAGUCUGGCGCAGGAACGACUCGUCGGCAGCGCCAUUCAACGCUUCCGCAGUCGAGCGGGCGGAGGAUGAGGUCGAUGUCUGCAUUGUCGGCGGUGGGCCUGCUGGUCUCAGUGCUGCGAUUCGCCUGAAGCAGAUCGAACGUGAAAAAGGGAACGAAAUCCGUGUUGUCGUGCUCGAGAAGGGCUCUGAAAUAGGUUCCCAUAUCGUCUCUGGUGCUGUGAUUGAACCUCGCGCACUGGAUGAAUUGCUGCCAGACUGGACAUCCAUGUCUGAUCACCCUCUCACACAACCAGCAACCUCUUCAAAAAUGCUCUUCCUUACCCCCAAAAUGUCCCUGCCAAUACCCCACCCCCCACAAAUGUCUAACAAGGGCAACUACGUCACUUCGCUCUCACAAUUUACCAGGUGGCUCGCCGGCGUGGCCGAGAACGAAUACGGCGUCGAGAUAUAUCCCGGCUUCGCAGGCGCGCAGCUACUUCUCAGCGACGAACCCGAUUCCACCGAUCCAUGGGGCAACAAAGUUCGUAGCGUGCAGGGCGUGAUCACCAACGAAGUCGGCUUGACGAAGAACUACCGCAUGAAGUCUUCGUUCGAGCCUGGGAUGGCGUUCCGUGCAAAGGUAACUCUGCUUGCCGAAGGUGCUCACGGAAGUCUGUCGAAGCAAGCCAUUAGCUUGUACAAUCUUCGGAAGGAGGCUGAGCCCCAGACGUAUGGAAUCGGUCUGAAGGAGGUUUGGCGUGUCGAUCCGGAGAAACAUAAACCCGGAGAGGUUGUGCACACGCUCGGAUGGCCUCUCGACAAGGACACUUACGGCGGUGGAUGGGUAUACCACAUGGAUGGAGGGCUCGUCAGUUUGGGGCUAGUAAUCGGGCUGGAUUACAAAAAUCCAUGGCUGAGCCCGUAUCGUGAAUUCCAGCGCAUGAAACACCACCCAUACUUCCGCGCUCUCCUCACAUCAUCCAAAGCCGAACGCCUCUCUUACGCUGCGCGCGUGUUGAACGAAGGCGGUUUGCAGUCCGUACCCAAGCUCAACUUCCCUGGUGGUGCUCUCGUCGGGUGCUCCGCUGGAUUCGUCAACAUCGCAAAGAUCAAAGGAACCCAUAACGCGAUGAAGAGCGGCAUGCUUGCCGCCGAAGCUGCUUGGAACGCUGUGCACCCUAGUGAAGCGGAAUCGUCAGAUGGCACAGUCGCAGCCGCUGCUGACAUGUCGUCGUACGAUACCUCGUUGCACAAGUCAUGGGUGCAGAAAGAUCUGCAUGAAGUGCGCAACUUGCGCCCAUCGUUCGGAACGCGUUUGGGGCUAUGGGGCGGAAUUAUCUAUUCGGGUAUCGAUUCGUUGAUCUUAAAGGGACGGGUACCCUGGACAUUCAAGCACCACGGACCGAAAGGCAAAACAAAGAAUCCCGACUCGACGUCUUCACUGGAUUCUUCCUUAACUGAGCCCGCUCGAAACCAUAUGCCCAUCGAAUACCCACCCUUCGAGGCGCCCCUCUCUACCGACCUCCUCACCAGCGUUGCGCUGACAGGCACAAAUCACGCUGAAGACCAGCCUGUCCACCUCCGUGUCGUGCCCACCCCAACAUUUAUCAAGAAAGGCAAAACCAACCCCGCCGUUGGAGCUGGAGUCGGCGCCGUGCGCACUGAAGCCGAGGUUGAAGAAGGCGAGGGUGGUAAAACUGGAGAGGAGGACGUCAAGGAGGAGUUGGAGAGACGCAGGCGUCAUGUGGAGAUCAAUUACGGACAGUAUGCGGGUCUUCUUGGUCGUGCGUGUCCUGCUGGUGUGUACGAGUACGUUCCCGAGGAAGGUGUUACGACGAACGAGACAGAGGGGUGGGGCGGGCAUAAACUGGUUAUCAAUUCGCAGAACUGUAUUCAUUGUAAACUCUGUGAUGUCAAAGUUCCUACCCAGGAUAUUACAUGGACUGUACCCGAAGGUGGUGGUGGUCCAAAAUAUAGUGAGUAA